AUGAUGACGGUGGUUCAAGAGUUGCGGUGGGGUCUUAUAAAGGGCAAGAUGCAGCGAAGGCGUGGGGAAAAGACUUUCGGCGGUUCUGCGAAGCAUAUCCCGAACCGAAUCAAUCUCCCGCCCAUUAGUUCGGCGUGGGGCGUCGUAGCCACUUUCGUACCCAUGUCUACGGAGAUCAUAGCAAUCCAAGGCAAACCAUCUGAGGUGGCUACAGCUAAUCCGAGUGAAAGCGAGGAUUGGUCGGAUAUUGGAUGUGGGAGGAAAGAGAGGGCCUCGAUGUUUGCGCCGUUCCUUUUGAAAGAUACCGGAAGUCUAGGCGUCGAAUCGGAUUUGGAAGAAACCGCGAUAGAAGUUAAAGCUCCUCCAAUAGACCGACAGGAUUUGAAGAGAGGCUACGGAUGCAACGAAGAUGCAGCUGUUUGGUAUCAACCAGUCGCGUGUUCUGUUAUUGAUACCCAUGGAGGUGAGAGGGCUACUACCGUGGUGUGUAUUGUGUCCUGGCUAAUGGGGUGA